ACCUUGGCUAAAGCACCACUGCUGUUAUGGCGCUGGAGACAUGUAUUGCUUUUUUAUUAGCAGAUGAGUUCGAUGCUGAUGAAUAUACAAACUUUAAAACUAAAGCACCCCUAAAAGCCCGAGAAAUCAGAGAUGAUGAGUAUGACAAUGAUGAAGAUGAUUGCAAAAGUAACUACUUCAGUGCUACUGUGCCAAGUCUCUCUGUUAUGGAUUUUCAGAAGUACUUUCAGCUCACACAGACCCAAGUUGAAGAGUUGGUAAGAUUGCUGUCACCCUGUGAAUGGGCCACCAGUAAGCUUGAGGGAUGGACUGUGAUGCAUGCAGUGCUGGCUAGUUUGUGGACACUCUCUACUUUGGAGUCUCACAGCAGCGUAGCAGCCCGCUUCCACACUAACGAGUCUCUAAUUUGCCACCAGCUUAAAGAGUUCUGCACUCAUGUUACAGCAAACUUUGACAACAACAUCUGUUGGCCCAAGUGGAAGGAAGCUGAUGCUUCAGUGUCUGGGUUCUCUUCUAGUAUUGGGUUGCCAGGUGCUGUUUGUGUGGUGGGGUCCUGUGUGAUCCCUAUUGAGAGGCCUACUGAUGUGCCUGAUCCAGAGACCUAUCGAGACUCUGAGACGUCAUACUCUGUAAACCUCAUGGCUUUCUGCAACCACCAAGGUUGCUUUACCUAUGUAACAGCAGAGCAUCCAGGAAGCUGGCAUAACUCCAAAGUCCUUCUAGAGACAGAGGUUGGACGAGCGCUGCAAGAGGACCCGGUGAACCUGCUACGUGGGAGGCACAUAAUAGGUGAUGCCACAUUUCCGCUGUCAGAACAUCUUCUGACACCUUUUCCAGACUAUGGAACACUAGGAGAGAAGAAAUUGCGCUAUAAUUUGAAAGUGCAGGCUGGUCUAAAAGUGGUAAAAGGCUCUCUCCAUGUUCUGAGAAACAAAUUCCAAAGGCUCAGAUCUUUACAAAUGAGUUCCAUAACACAAACUAGCCUGGCUGUGAGGACCUGCUGUACCUUGUAUAACAUGUAUUUGGAAACCAAUAAUGCAGCCUGUGUAGAAUGCAUGGAGGACUCGGUUGCCCAGGAGCCUUUCCAUGAACUACCUAAUGGCCACUCUGGCAGUCUAGGAGGAAUAUCCAAAAGACAGGACAUUGCAGCUUCACUUGGGCGAAAGCCUAAAAGAGAUUCAGCGAAAGGAUACUACAGGCGGUGGUAUGAAGUGUGAACAUUUACAACAUUUAAAAUUAUGGUUAAUUUAAUACAGUAACUGUUACAGUAACCCUGCUCAAUCUUCAUCUUUAAACUCAUGUGAAGCCAUUUUUAUGUGUGUGCCAUGCACAAUUUAUUGUCUUGCAGUACAGUCUGAUUUCAUUGUGCAUUUUUUAAUAAGGUGAGGCCACUGAUUAAUAGUUUGAGGCCCUGAGCUAAUAUGAGUCCACUUGUUAAGGUUCUUAUGGCCAUAAAUAAAUCUGUUGAGACCACAUGGCCACGAGCCUCUUUACACUUUGGCCUUAAUAUAUUAAUUUGUGGCCUCAAUAUAUUAAUUUGUGGCCACAGGAAACUUAACUUGUAAUCACCAUGUCAACGUAAGGAUGCUGUACAUAUGUAAUGGAAUAUGUGUGUUGUAUUUCUUAGCCCUUUUGAAAUAUUAAUGAUUUUAUUUCAUUUCCAUGUUUUCCUUCAUCAGUGUUCUCACACUACACUACCCAUCAUGCAUUAUGCAAAUUGUAGAAAACAUUUCAAACAGUCCACCCACAAAUGUCUGUCAUUAAGUGCAGUGUAGUUUUUUAAUAGUUUUUCCCACCUUCAAAGUGCAUUAUCAUCCUUAAAACAAAAUCUCUUACUAGAUGUCAGUAGGCAUCUUUACAAAAGUUAUAAUGAUGGUUAUAUUAUUUUGGUUAAAGUGUUCCUUUAACAAGUGAAAAUAUUUUUAAUGUAAAUACACCACAAGAUUAUUCUUAACACAAGGCUAUUUUUGUAGAUCGUAACCGUUGCUACUCCUCCUUCUCAUGGAAAAUGGUAAUGAUUGUGUGUUUUCUGAGGAAAAAAAAUGUACAUGGACAACAUUGAAUAAUUGAAUACUGAAUAAUAAAAUACUUCUGUCCUGUGAAA